AUUACAUCGUACCCUCUUUGUUUCCUAUCCAACAUGACGAGUUGCCCAAGAAACCCAAGUAGUCCUGGGGAAUCCACGUGUGUUAUGCCUCAGUACUUUAGAUUGCAUGGCAAUAUAAAGUUCCUCCUGUAUUGGCUACACUUGGAAAGUUCGAUCUCUCAAACAUCAUAAGAUCACAGUCACAAUUCUUCUCUACUCCCCAGUCACUACAUCAUCUUCGCCAAAUCCGGGAUUCUUUAUUUAGCCACCGAUAAGUGUUUAUGGUGGUGGUUUUCCCGUUUAACCUUACAUCUUUUUGAGCUUAAUUAUAUCAAUUUCUCUUCGAUCAUCUCCAAAAUGCCUGGUUUGCUAAUAGUCGACGAGGCCUUCGAGAAUGCUUCUACCAACGUCGCCGCCGCGCAAAUGCGCAAUUCUCUCACUGAGCUUGCCGAGACCGUAAAGGACCCGGAGCAGAAGAAGCUAUUCGAAACUGAAAUGGACAACUUCUUCGCUCUCUUCCGUCGAUACCUAAAUGACAAGGCCAAGGGAAACUCUGUCGACUGGGAUCGUAUUAAACCCCCUGCGCAAGGACAGGUCGUAGACUACGAAGACCUAGCCAAUACUGAAUCCGUCGAAUUCCUCAACAAGCUAGCCGUUCUGAAGCUGAACGGUGGCUUGGGUACAUCCAUGGGUUGUGUCGGUCCCAAAUCCGUCAUCGAAGUCCGCGAUGGUAUGUCUUUCCUCGACAUGUCCGUACGACAAGUCGAGUACCUGAACCGGACAUACAACACCAACGUCCCUUUCAUCCUGAUGAACUCGUUCAACACUCACGAUGACACUGCCUCCAUCAUCAAGAAGUACGAGGGCCACAACGUCGACAUUCUUACCUUCAACCAGUCGCGAUACCCAAGAAUUUACAAGGAUUCGCUUCUACCCGUCCCCAAGAGCUUUGACUCGAGCAUCAACGAGUGGUACCCUCCCGGACACGGUGACGUCUUCGAGUCUCUCUACAACUCCGGGCUCCUCGAUAAGCUCAUUGACCGGGGCAUCGAGAUCAUCUUCCUAUCCAACGUCGACAACCUAGGUGCCGUCGUAGAUCUACGUAUCCUGCAACACAUGGUCGAGACGAAGGCCGAAUACGUCAUGGAGCUGACAAACAAGACCAAGGCUGACGUCAAGGGUGGUACCAUCAUUGACUACGAUGGUUCCGUGCGUCUGUUGGAAAUUGCCCAGGUUCCUAAGGAGCACGUCAACGAAUUCAAGUCGAUUAAGAAGUUCAAGUACUUCAACACCAACAACAUCUGGAUGAACACCCAUGCCAUCAAGCGCGUUGUGGAGAACAAUGAGCUUGAGAUGGAGAUCAUCCCUAACGGCAAGACCAUUCCUGGUGAUAAGAAGGGAGAGUCGGACAUCUCCAUCCUUCAGCUGGAGACCGCCGUCGGAGCUGCCAUCCGCCACUUCAAAAAUGCCCACGGUGUCAAUGUACCCCGUCGCCGAUUCUUGCCUGUCAAGACCUGCUCAGAUCUCAUGCUUGUCAAGUCAGACCUGUACACCGUUAAGCACGGUCAGCUGCAAUUGAGCCCCGCCCGCUUCGGUGGCGCGCCGCUCAUCAAGCUGGGUAGCGAUUUCAAGAAGGUCUCGGACUUCCAGAAGCGCAUCCCUUCCAUCCCCAAGAUCAUCGAGUUGGACCAUCUCACGAUUACUGGCAACGUCAACUUACAUCGUGGCGUGGAGCUGAAGGGAACCGUUAUCAUCGUCGCAACGGAAGGCUCCACGAUCGACAUCCCUCCGGGAUCCAUCCUGGAGAACGUUGUCGUCGAAGGUAGCUUGCGUCUAUUGGAGCAUUAAUCUGUGGAAGGAACCCUAAUCUAUUGGCGUACUUUUUCGGGACCUUUCUGCUUUUUGUGUUGAUAAGCGUUUUGUCCCCCCUCCUCCAUUCCGUACGUUUCUACGUAUUAUAAUGUGUGCGCGUUUUUUUCCCGUAGAGAUUUGGCAUGGUGGUUUAUCGCCCUUUGCCAGCUAUACGGGUGAAUUAUGGGAAGUUGUAUGUCAUAUAGAGACGACAACGUUGCUGCGGCAGUG